AUGGAGUUGAACCGCCAUCACGAAGAAAGUCCCAAAACUGCCCAGAUCGAUGAGCGCCAACUGCAUACUCCCAAGCCAACCCAGAGGCAUCGGCAACAAGAGAGGCGCCAGCGACAAGGCACUGUGAAGCCAGAAGACGCUUGCGACUUGGACAGCGGUCACGAAGGAGAGACCCCCACGCAGGACUCCGCGAAAGAGAAGAGUCCCAUGUCGUAUUCAGAGACCAAUACUAUUCGCGAGGUCUCAGACGAUCACGAUGUUCGCAACCUCCACAACAGCGUAGACCGCGACAAGUUCAUUCUCCGGCGCGCUGAGCUACAACGCCUCAAGGACCCACCCUACAGCCUGCCAGGUCCUCCCAGCUCAUCGGACUCAUCGGAGUCUUCCGGAAGCUCUGAUUCAGGUAGUGAGACCAUGAAGAAGGCAGGCACGGUCGUCGCUGAGUUCGCAAAGGUGGGCCAUGUUGAGACAAGCGGCACCAAACGAAACAAGCACAAAGUCAUUGGCAAGAACGGUCACACUCUAGGCACCGUCGUGGUUCGCAAUCACACCAUUGUGUUGGACCGUGUCUACUUUUGGAACGAACGUAGGAGUCGCUCCAUGGUCAAAAGGCAGUCUGCAGCAACGACAGCUACGACAGCGACAUCCGUCGAGGUACCAGAUAAGCUAUGA